AGGGCUAAAGGGUAGAGGGAGGCGGUGUUCUAAUGACAGCAGCCACUGGGCCACUCCUUUCAACUGAACGUUUGGAGGCUAGGGGCGCUCUUCUCUGUCUUAUAAAAAAAAAAGCCAAAGGGUAGCGUUGGCUGCUGAAAGCCUGACGGCCGGUACUCAGGGCUCUUUCAGAGUCAGGCAGGGUCUGCGGUCGCACUUGUUGCCCAGGCCUACAUAGCCCGCAGCCACCCCGGGACUUACCCCUCCGUGCGCCCCUCUCCAAAAGCCGGCGCGGCGGCGGUGAGCUGCAGGGAAUCCCCAGCUGCGGUGGGCCGGCAUGGUGAAUAUAAUUGAGCUCAGCCACAGUUAGAAGGUCAGCGAACCCUUCCCGCCGCUGGGCUUCGGAGGAGAUGGGCCGCUACUCGGGCAAGACUUGCAGGUUGAUCUUCAUGCUGGUGCUCACCACCGGUUUCUUCGUGGCUGAGCUGGUGUCGGGCUAUCUGGGCAAUUCCAUCGCUCUUAUCUCGGACUCUUUUAACAUGCUGUCCGAUCUGAUCUCGUUCUGCGUGGGGCUCACCGCCGAGUUCAUCUCUCGCCGACACACAGGUGCCCGAGCCACUCACGGCUACAGGCGAGCAGAGGUAGUGGGGACAUUGAGCAACGCCGUCUUCCUCACAGCCUUGUGUUUCACCAUUUUCGUGGAGGCCAUCCUGCGCCUGGCCCGGCCAGAGCGUAUUGAUGAUCCAGAACUAGUGCUCAUCGUAGGGGCCCUGGGACUGGCGGUCAACGUGGUGGGCUUGCUGAUCUUCCAGGACUGUUCCUCCUGGUUCACCUGUGGCCGCCGCCGGCGACGUCUGAAUGGCAGCAAAAGAGGUCCCUCGGCACCUCCGGAGGCAGUAAGCGCGCAGCAGCAGCAGCUGUCUGUGCCAACUGCUGGAGUACCGGGUUCGGAUUCGGCCUUAACUCUCCGGGUGGCCUCCAACCCUCGGAAGGCGGAGAAAAGGGUGACUCUGCAGCCGCGUGAAGCAGGGGCAGGGGAGGAGGGUUUUGUUAACACCCAGAAUGAACCUCAAGAGAAGAUUAUGAAAAAAAAAGAAAAAGUCGGAAGCCCUAGAGUAUCAGAGGUAUGUUAUUCUAAGAUCUUUAUGAAAGGACAAUCUUUUCGAUAACGCAUACUUCCACAAUUGUUCUUUAUUUCCAUUGGUUUUCAGGAGAGGAGAAAUUUGUCUGAAAAUAUUCAAAUUGCACUUACAAGUGUAAUUGGUUCCCCUAGUUUCUUAUUUCCUCAUUGCUUCUAAAGGGAUAUUAUAGCUCAAUUUUAGAGUGACACUGAUCAUAUCCCGUAGUUGAACACAUUUGCUAAUUAUUACUCUUCUUUUUGCUUCUCCUAAUUUUCCCUAAUCCUAUAGUAUAGUCUCUUUUUGGUAGAAUCAUAGAAGCAUUGUAGUUUAAUGGAAAGACUAUUGAUUUAAAGUUGGAUGAGCUGGAUUCUAAUCUUUCCUUUUUCUGCUUACUAUCUGUAUUAAUCACAUUGUGCAAGUUAUUUGACUAUUCUGUGCUUCUAACUCAUCUCUAAGGUGUUUGUGUGUGUGUGUGUUGGAAUUGGACUACACCUUUAAUCUAUGAUAUAUUGGAGACUAGUAUUUUCAUCAGUUGAUCAGUUUCAAGCUUCAUCUUCAGGAAUGUGAGACCCUGGAAAUUGCCAAGGCAGGUUUUUCUAGAGUGUGAGACCCCUGAGGCCCUGGAAUCCAAAUUUUCCUCCCAUGAAAUUUCUUUCAAGUACAACCCUGAAGGUCCCAGUGAAAGUCGAGAGUUGAUGGUUUAAUGUUUCCACCACUAUAUUUUGAGUUGUCCUGCCAUCUAAACUCAUGAUCAUAGAAUCAGCAUUGGUUUAGGCAGGGUUUCUCAACUUGAUAUUUUGAAAGAAAAAAAAAAAUGAUUAUUUCAAUAUAAUUUCUUUCCUUUUGUAAUUUUGUUUUGCAUUAAAAACAUCUUUCUGCCAAAAAAUAAUGCUCCCCUCUCCCAUCUCAAAGUUUAAAUUUUCUGCUCUAGGGUAGUUUUUAUCUAGAUAGAAUUUUGUCAGAACCUUCCCUUAGCAGCAUUAGAGCCAACAUUUAGGGACUGGGUCCCCCCAAAGACAGAAAAACCUAUUCUUGACUUUGGGAAACAUAGUAAUGAUUAGACUAAACUUUAGACUGGACAUGGUGGUGCAUCCCUGUAGUCCAUUCUGGAGUGGCUGAUUCUUGUGGAUCAUUUGAAUUGCAAUAGGAAUGAAACUGAUCAAGUGACCAUUCUAAGUAUAGUACCCAUAUGGCAAGGCACUAGAAUUUUAUUUUUGAGGGGAAGGAAUACAAGGCUGCCAAGGGAAGAGUAAAGCAGCUCAAGUUAUCUAUGAAUCAGGUCAAAAUUUUCCACAGUGCAGGGAUCCAUAAUGUAACCAUCCAGCCAGAAUAUGUGGACCAGGAGGAAUCCUUGGAGCAGGACUGGAUGGAUGCUCCUCUGUAAUUCACUGUGCAUCUCCAAAGCAUGUGUGAAUCAUCUCUGUUGCCCUCCAGAGAUGCAAUCCCUUACUCACAUCAAUGGUUGUGCAGAGCCCAAUGGUUGUCCUCCAACUGCAACAUAUAGAAGUGAUGGCUUAAGUCGAAAUGACACAGCUGCAAUUAUCAUCGAAGCAGAAUGUCAUGGUGAUAGUGGGCCAGCCGCUAAAGAGAAACAAGGAGAUCUGAUCUUUGUCAAUAGCACCCAUUUUUAAUUUGGUCUCAGCUUUGAAAGUCAACUGAUUGAGAAAAGCAGCUUAACCACCAGUCACCUCAUGCUUAUCCUUGUCUAUUUCCUGAAUGGUGACCAAUAACCAAAAUUAGUAAUGUAAUAAUGUGUUAAAAUAAGGGAUGAAGUCCUUUUAAAAAAUUUGGGCAAUUUUAAGAUUCACAAGCACUUCCUACCCUACCCUACCUAAACUAUGCAGGUGAAUAUGGUUAACCUGUUGACCUAUUAACCUGUAAACCUAUGUGUUUAUCUGAGCAUCUUCCCUUUAGUCAAGAACAUUAGUUUGAACUUUUAUUUCCUGAAGUAAAUUAAAAAAGUGUAGAGACAAUAUGAGCUAGAGACUAAUUCAAAUUUUUUUAAGAACUGGGAUUUGAAUAUUCUCUCCUCCUUACCCUGACCCUUUUUUGGGAAUCAUUUUUGACUGAGUUGUUUUAGUAUACUCUGAGGUGAACUCUGGAUAAUAUAAGCUUUACUGUUGUGCUUUUCUGAAUCAUCAAUAAUGAAUUUCACAGUAGUGUUCUAUUCUGUCCUUCCAUCUCUCUUACAUCUUCUCUUUGAUAGAGAAUAAAAUGGGGUCUUAAUAAGCUGGAAAAGACUCUCAGGAACAGUAGAAGAGAUCAUUGAGUUCAACAAAAGAAAUUUUUUUUUUCUUUAUAAUAUAUUUGCUUCAGAGGUGGAGAAA